AGCCGCACAAUAAUCUGCCAGGAGCAGAGAAUAUAAACAGACACAGGGGAGGAAUUUGAUUCAAAUCAUCCAAUAAAAUCAGGUAAUUUCCCUUUUUAACUUCUGCUGGAAAAUUAUUGAAAUAGAAGGAACAAAGCUGACUGAAGCUGAGGAACAUGGCGCUCCUGAAGUCAGGCUGGCUGUGGAGACAGACCGCCAUUUUGAAGCGCUGGAAGCUGAACUGGUGCGACCUUUGGAUAGACGGCAGCCUGUGUUUCUACAAGAGCGACAGGCGGCGGGAGUUAGAGCAGCGAGUCAGCCUGAAAACAACGUGCAUCGAUGUGCGGUCUGGCCUGGAAUGUGGAGGUGUGAACCCACCAGAGAGUAAUCCCAGGGAAAACCUCGUAGUGGUUCAUCUCAGAGAAGGCUCAACACUCAACCUGUGUGCAAACAGUGAAGAUGAGUCUCUAGCGUGGAAACUGACUCUGCUUGAAACCAGAAGAAACCCGGUGUUUGCAUACGACCCCUAUGAUGACUCCUACCAGGCCGUCCCCAUGAACGGAUACCACACCGUCUACAUCACACCUGGAGCGGGACCAGGAACCCACCAGGUGAUCGUCCAGAGGGAUCCGUUUGAUGGAGUCGCAGAGAGCGUCGCGCUGGGAUUACUGGCGGGCGUGGCGGCGGGGGCGGCCAUGCGGUCCUUCCUCUGGAUGCCCUUCUUCUUCUGCUGAAGGCGCCGGUCGCUCGUCUCCCCCGCAGGACUCGGUCGCCUCACGGAAACGUGUAGAAAAGCUUCUUCUUCAUCACGGUUCGCUUUUCUCUUCAGGAGCAGUUCUGAAUCUGAAACCAAAAGGCCGCCGUGUAUUUAUGUUACGUUUAAUUUAUUCAGGACGUCACAACUACCCGUGGACAUUUCUGGAACAACGCGCUAGUUUUGUAUUUAACGCUGUUUUAUCUACUGUUUUGCUUUUUACAAGCUUAUAUUUUAAAAAAAAAUCAGCUCAUUCUGAGCAUUGCUCUGUCUAUAGACGAUAAAUCAAUAAACGCUCAUUUUCUCCUAACUUGUUUUGCUUUCUGUAAGUUGCCAUGGCAACAGUCGCUGAGCUGGGGAACGUGGGGGUCGGGGGUCACGUCUGUCAAUACCAUUAAAAAAAAUUAAAAAC